CCCCCUCUCCACGGUCCCAAAUUCGUAAUUAGCCGCAAAACUCUGCAUUCAUGUCACUUUCCCAAAAUCACAGCUCCUCUCCACCGGCCUACCGCUAGCUGCCUGCUCCAGCCUCCGCCCACCGUCGGCGCUUGAAGAUGAGCUCACCAUCGCUCUAUUAGGGGUAUGGUGGAUUUCCAGUGCAAAUCAUGAAAUUCGAUAGUACAUGAAAAGGAAUUCAAUCAGGCUGAGAGCACCGAAGAUGCUAUUAUUCAGGAAUAGAUUUCUACUGAAAGGUGAAUUAAUGUCCAAGGAAAACCAACUACUACAGUUUCCUAGAACAAGCACAAUUGUCCUUGGGUUGGCCUUUUGAUUUCAUAAAACAGAAUUAUCUCCAUAAUACAUCUAUAGAUGGACCAAGGAAGGUCACAUUCUAGAGCACGAGGCUCAGGCUCUACGCCAUCCGAGGAAUCAUCUUUGGAUCUUGAAAAGUACGGUUGCAAUCAUUCCUUUCGGACUUCACUAAGCCCAUCAUCGCUUCAACCCCAUGCAACAGGGGGACAACAUUGUGAAAGUAGUGCUGCAUACUUUUCGUGGCCAUGUCGAAUAAAAGAUGAUGCUGAAGAGAGGGCAAACUAUUUUGCUAACCUGCAGAAAACUGUCUUGCCCGAAAGUGUUGGACCAUUACCCGAAGGUCAGCGAGCAAAUACCUUACUGGAGCUCAUGACAAUCAGGGCUUUUCACAGCAAAAUCCUGCGCUGCUAUAGUCUUGGUACUGCAAUUGGUUUCCGGAUUCGACGUGGUGUUUUGACAAACAUACCAGCAAUACUAGUCUUUGUAUCAAGGAAAGUUCACAAGCAAUGGCUUACCCCACUCCAGUGUCUGCCAACUGCUUUGGAGGGACCAGGGGGAAUCUGGUGUGAUGUGGACGUGGUGGAAUUUUCUUAUUUUGGUGCACCGGAGCCUACACCUAAAGAACAAUUAUAUACUGAAAUUGUUGAUGAUCUGCGUGGGAGUGAUCCCUGUAUUGGUUCUGGUUCUCAGGUUGCAAACCAGGAGACGUAUGGAACCUUAGGUGCUAUUGUCAGGAGUCAAACAGGCAGUAGACAAGUUGGUUUUCUGACAAAUCGCCAUGUUGCAGUUGAUCUUGAUUACCCAAAUCAGAAGAUGUUUCAUCCUUUACCACCAACGUUAGGACCUGGGGUUUAUCUUGGUGCAGUUGAGAGAGCAACUUCAUUCAUCAGAGAUGAUUUGUGGUUUGGGAUAUUUGCUGGCAUUAAUCCAGAGACAUUUGUAAGAGCAGACGGUGCCUUUAUACCAUUCACAGAUGAUUUUGACAUGAGCUCUGUAACUACAUUUGUGAAAGGGAUAGGAGAGAUUGGGAAUGUUAAGACAAUUGACUUACAAUCUCCAAUUGAUAGUCUUGUUGGAAAGCAAGUGAUGAAGGUUGGAAGAAGUUCUGGUUUGACUACUGGAACUGUAUUGGCAUAUGCUCUUGAGUACAAUGAUGAAAAGGGGAUAUGUUUUUUGACUGAUUUUCUAGUUGUUGGUGAGAACCAACAGACAUUUGAUCUUGAAGGGGACAGCGGAAGUCUCAUCAUAAUGAAGAGUGAAAAUGGUGAGAAGGCACGACCAAUAGGGAUAAUCUGGGGUGGAACUGCCAAUAGAGGCCGUCUUAAGCUGAAAGUUGGCCAACCUCCAGAAAACUGGACUAGUGGUGUUGAUCUUGGGCGCCUUCUUAAUUUCCUCGAACUUGAUCUAAUCACUGCAGAUGAAGCACUAAGAGUUGCAGUUCAAGAACAAAGAGCCGCUUCCAUGACAGUGGUUGGAUCAACUGCAGGGGACUCGUCGCCUCCUGAUGUAAUACUUCCCAAGGACAAAUCUGAACCUCUGGGUCUUCACAUCCAACACAUCCCCUUGGAAGAUGGUGCAGUUGGGCCCGAUAUAAAUUCAUCUCCCAAAGAGGGUAGUGUAUUUGAUUUGGAAGAUGGGGUCAACACAGGUCUGAAUUUUGAGCAUCAAUUCAUACCCAGCUAUAACGGGAAGCCCGCUAUGCAUCACGAUGAUCAACAAGAUAGAGUCGAAUCCGAGAACCUGUCCGCCUUGAGAAACGCUUGUGAUCAGGACCUUAAUUUUUCAUUGCAACUAGUCGAGAACGAGCCCAAGAGAAGGAAAUCCGAGCCUGCACCUCCUGGGUCAGAGUAACUCGAGUGGUGGCUUCUCUUGUAUGAUUGAUGAUUGUCCCAAUUUGUUGGUGAUGUUUUUGGCCCUAACUAGUAACUACUUAUUGUGCACGCUCUCUUUCUGUCAUUUCACCUGACACUGUUUUUGGAUGAAAUCAUAGGCAGAGGCUCUCAGCCGUCGAUACCAUGGCGCAAGGCUGAUUUUUAUUUCAAAAUGAAGAUGUUGCCCGUCAAAGCUCAACGGGGAAUCAUCGUACGUUGUAAUAAUGGAUUUCUUUUAUUAUAGGAUUAUUACUAUUAGCCCAUAAAUAUAUCGAUUUUGGAUAAA